AUGACCCAAAAUUGUACCUUAACCAAUUACGAUCCAUACAAUUGCAGACGUCUUGGCGUGGUCACUUACUCCUUCGUCUCUACUGCCCCCUUCAGCAACUUCGUUUUGCUUUUCUGUCCACAGCUUUGGCAUCACCGCCAGUGGGCUGUGAUGCAGUUAGUCAGUGCGUAUCCUGCAGAUAGCACUAAUGAAAACAAAGAAGUUCACACCAAGUACGGUCUCGGUGAACUCGAAUUCACUGCGGACGUGAUUUCGGAUGAUUCCAAGAAUUAUCAUGCAUGGCAGCACCGACGUUGGGCCGUCAACUACUUCAAAAUACCAUCAACACAUGAACUCCAGUACACUGAGACCUUGAUUUUGGAGGACGUAUAUAACAAUUCCGCGUGGAAUCAUCGCUUCGUCACGGUGUCGAAGGACGAGGGGUUGACUCCACCUGUUCUUCAGCGGGUAAGCGGACAAUUUGUUAUUGUUGAUAGCAGUCGUAACUUUCAGAAUAGUUAA